AUUCCACCGCAUCUUUGAAUCCCCAGCCAAAAGAAUAACUCUAAAGCGAACGAAUUUUCCGCAACCGCCUACCUUAGGAUCAAACGCCGGCUUGUAUUAUCCAUCGUUUCUGAAAAAUAGCGAGCUAUAAUAGCUUCAUCUUUGCACCUCCGCUCUCAGAUCUGUAACGACGUGGACCAGGAAAAUGGCAGAGCCCAUCUCCUUAAUUGCCAGUGUCUUGACCCUCAUUCAUCUCGGCGCGAAGGUUUACAAGCUUUGCGAUGACUACUGCGAGGUAGUCAAGGGGAGCGAGCAAGAUUUCAAGAAACUCGGGGAUGAGAUUAGGGGUAUCGACCAACAGCUAAAGGAAAUUGAAAGACUCGCGGAACAAGGCGAUGUGAACAAUCCGCAAUACCCUGAGCUACUUGAAUGGACUAGAGGCAAAUGUUUGAAAGAGUAUACCGCAGCCCUGGAAGAGCUUGAGGCCAAAUUAAAUGUUCCGGGAUGGAGGAAAUCCUCCCGGAAACUGGUUUGGCCUUUUCGCAAACCGAAAAUGGACCGUUACCUGGGCUUGGUCGAAGAGCAGAGAUCGAAGCUGCAUCUAUUGCUAACCACUGCCACAACGUGGGUUAUCCAUUAUUCACUCCACUAAGAAUCUUUACUUCUCCACUUCCUUUUCGUUUUGGUAGCAAGACUAACUAGGGGUUUAGGAAAACGGUAACUAAGGUGUUACGAAAGCUAGACGGUACUUGGUCACACAAUCCCUAACCCUGCCAAUUUUUCUCUUUACUAAUACUAGAUAUUCCUAACCCCUAGAGAAGGAACUCCGCAAAGUACAGAAGUGGCUCAACGUCGUCGAUCCAGCCGCUAAUUAUUCAUCCACACUGGCUGUUCGUGAACCCGGUACUGGAGGUUGGCUUCUCGGGGGACCAGAGUACAUGGAUUGGAAGGAAGGCAGAGGGGGGGUUCUCUGGCUCCAUGGUAUACGUAUGUCUAGAGAUGAGAAACCUGAUGCUGGGAAGAAUGUCACUAAAAUUUGGGUCCUCUAGCCGGAUGUGGCAAGAGUGUACUGAGGUGCGAACCUAACCGGGUAUCCAGAGGUGCAAUAUGACUUGUUUCUUGUUAACUUACUCUUUAGUGCUACCGCUAUUGAAGAUGUCCAACAUCUGUGUAACGCGAACGAUGAUUAUGCAUUAGCUUAUUUCUACUUCACCUUCAGCGACUCCGAGAAGCAGGAAUUGCACAAUAUGCUCCUAUCCCUUAUUGGCCAACUUCCAAAAAGGCCAUCGGAUCGGGGAUUGCCGGGUGCGGUUGUAGAUCUCUACAAUACCACCAAGGCAAUCGGAAAAUCGGUGGAUACCACAGCUCUGAAGGAUCUGUUGUCGCAUAUUAUAAAGGAUUUCAGGAAGACGUUUAUCGUACUCGAUGCGUUGGAUGAAUUCCCUAAGGAUACACGGGAGCAUCUCCUAUCGUGGAUCGGUGAGCUUACGGUUGAUCAUAAGGCCGGAUCCCUCUGCAUUCUCGCCACGAGCCGCCCCGAGGCCGAUAUAGUGGGAUCAUUAGAACCUCUCGCCGCAUUUUCAAUAUCGCUCCAAUCUAAAACCGUCGAUCCGGAUAUUCGGACAUAUGUACAGAAAUCUCUGGGUGGCAAGGAUCGCUUCAAAAAAUUUACGAAAGCGAUUAAGGAUGAGAUAGAGGACACACUAGUUUCUCGUUCGCAGGGAAUGUAUGUUAUGCUCCACUAUGCAGAUUUUAAUUUACGCUGAUACAAGGGUGGGGGUGUUCAGGUUCCGAUGGGUGGAUUGUCUUUUACGAAUUCUACAGGAAUGCAUAACACCAAACGAUGUGAGAGCUGCCUUGCGAGAACUUCCCCCAGAUUUAGAUUCUGUCUACUUGAGGAUCCUUGAAAGCAUCCAUGAGAAGCAGGGGGAAUAUCUUCGGCGAGCGAUGCAUUGGCUUGCAUUUUCCGCAGUACCCUUGACGUUAGGCCAGCUUGCGGAGGCUGUCGUGAUUGGAUACGAUGUCGACAAAUAUGGCGAGGAUCCUGAGACUGGGGCCAUUUUUAAUAUGGAUUGCUUCAUGAGCAUUUGCCCUAGCCUUAUUUCCUUCGAGGAUGCCAGGGACGAUGAAUCGUCCCCCCAGGAAAACCGCCGAUUACGACUGGCACAUUUCUCGGUAAAGGAAUAUUUGAUCUCAGACCGGGCAGCUCAGGGCCCCAGUGCCUGCUAUCAUAUUUCGGAGGAUAAAGCCAAUUCACUGAUGGGAUAUUCUUGCCUUAGUCGAAUACUGCGACAGAGUGCACAAGGGGCUAUACACGGGAGCAAAGUUGCGGAAACAUCAUUUCUCUACCAUAGUGCUCGCUAUUGGUUUGUGUAUACCAGAUGUAUUGAGGAUACGGCACCCACACCACUCUCCGAGGCGGCGGUGAAGGUUCUCGAGCUUGGCAAGGGGUGGCUAGAUAUAUAUAAUCCUGACAACCCUCACAUCCUUGGCUCCAAGAUUUACGCACCACCAAUCUACUAUUGCUCCCUGUUAAAUUUAGUGACGGCCUGUAAAUCCCUAGUCGAUAGAAACGCAGACACAGUAAACGUCAAUGCUCAGGGUGGCUGGUAUGGCAGUGCACUCCAGGCAGCAGCGAAAAAUGAAAACGAAUCGGUUGUGCGGCUUCUCCUCGAGCGUGGGGCAGAGGUGAAUACGCAGGGCGGCCAUUAUGGCAAUGCGCUCCAAGCAGCU